AUGCUCAUGGACGAUACGAUUACUAGCAAUGGCAAUGGAGAGCCAAGAAAACCCGGGGGAAAAAACAGAGCAAUGGCGGUUUGUUUCUUUCUUGGACUUGGAUCUUUAGUUUCAUGGAACAGUAUCUUAACCAUAGGAGAUUACUAUUACCAAUUGUUCCCUAAAUAUCAUCCUUCAAGAGUACUUACAUUGGUUUAUCAACCAUUUGCAAUUGGAACAUUGAUAGUAAUGACACACUAUGAGUCCAAGAUCAAUACUCGACUCCGGAAUAUUGUUGGAUUCAUACUCUUCUUCGUUGCCACUUUCUUGAUUCUCAUUUUGGAUCUUGCGACAUCAGGCCAAGGUGGAAUUGGACCUUAUACUGUCAUAUGUUUUCUAUCAGCUUGUUUUGGAGUUGCUGAUGCUUUUAUCGAAGGUGGUAUGGUUGGAGAUCUCUAUUUUAUGUGUCCCGAAUUCGUGCAGUCUUUCCUUGCUGGUUUGGCAGCAUCAGGUGCUCUAAUUUCAUUACUUAGAGUUCUAACCAAGUUAGCUUUCGAGAAGUCUAGCAACGGACUUCGCAAAGGAGCGAUACUAUUCUUCGCGAUCUCAACAUUCAUCGAGUUUCUAUGUAUAUUUCUCUACGCAAUCUACUUCACGAAAUUACCUAUAGUGAAAUACUAUCGCGCAAAAGCCGCCUCAGAGGGAUCGAAAACUGUUACAGCCGACUUAGCUGCUGCAGGCAUUCAAACAAAGACUAAUGAUCAAGCCGAACACAACGACAAACAAGUAGAUCGGCUUACCAACAAACAACUGUUUCUCGCGAACAUUGAUUAUGCAGCUGAUCUGUUUCUCAUAUACAUCGUAACCCUAUCGAUCUUCCCCGGGUUUUUGUAUGAAAAUACCGGAGAACAUCAAUUAGGCACAUGGUAUCCAAUUGUUUUAAUUGUUAUGUAUAAUGUAUUGGAUUUGAUAGCAAGAUACAUUCCACUUGUGCAAUGGUUGAAGUUAGAAUCAAGAAAAGGUUUACUAAUAGCAACCCUUUCUCGAUUCUUGUUGAUUCCGGCAUUUUAUUUCACUGCAAAAUACGGCGAUCAAGGAUGGAUGAUAUUUCUCACCUCAUUCUUAGGACUCACAAACGGUUAUUUAACCGUCUGCGUUUUCACACUCGCACCAAGAGGUUACAAGGCUCCUGAGCAAAAUGCUUUGGGAAAUGUGCUGGUGAUUUGUCUUUUAUGUGGCAUAUUUUCUGGUGGUACUCUUGGCUGGUUGUGGAUCAUAGGCAAAGAUUCAUUCUAA